AUGAAGUACCUCCCAGUUCCCGCUUUCGACACAGUAACGAGUGCACUCAACUUCAAUACGCCAGACUGCAACGUCACGGGCGGAUGCGAUCUCUACACCACCAAAUCGACUGGCUCCGAUAAGAAGCUGUACAAGAAUAUCAACGAUGAUUUAGACUCUCAACACGCCGAGCUCCUGCGCCUCGGGGCUAGCCUCUCUCCACCUCAAAAGGCCGCGAUGAUGGCGACAUCCCCGAGCCUCUUCUCGCAACCCAGCGCCUUUGGACCCCUUUCCGAACUGGCGAACCGGCGCACAUUCGCCUAUCUAAUUGCGACUCUAAACGCCUCUCAUCCCCACUAUGACUUCUCCAACGUUCUGCGGCCAGGCGACUUCAAGCGCGAGCGCAGUCUAAGGCGUAUCAUGGCCAAUCUCGAUUCCAUCCUCCAAAACGUCCGCGGCUGCGGCGACACCCGCAUGAGCAACGUUGUAACCACCGGCCCCGCCGCCGUCUGGAGCCAGCACUGCUGGUCGCUUCUCGACAACGAGAUGCGCCUAGACGAGUGCACAAUCUUCAACUACGAGCCCGACAUCGACCCUUUCGAGGAAGAUGAAAGCGCCAUCUGGUCCGUCCACUACUUCUUCUUCAAUCGGACCCUGAAGCGAGUCGCGUACCUCUACCUCCGCGUGGUGCCAGUCAUCAGCUCGCAAAGCCCGAUGCUGACCCCGCGGGGAUGGCGCGCCGCACCGGCGCCAUGGAUCCCGGCGCAACGAAACGCGCCAGGUUUUGGUUCACACCACAGGAUGCCGCUGUCGCCGAGACAUGGAGAUCUGGUGCCCUUCUCGGAAGAUGAUUAUCUAGACGAUGACGAGUAUGAUCUCAACGACGAUGGCGACACAGAUAUGAACCGAUAUAGUCCCUCCGCUCGCGGCAUGAGCGAGGACAUCGCAGGAAGAAUGGAACUCUGA